AAAAAAAACAAACACAUGAAUCACAAUACAAUUUUGAACAGAAUGAUUUUCUCAAUUGUACAUGAGAGUAUAAAAAACAUGUGGUUACUUGUGAUAAAAAGAAAGAACAAGAUGUGUAUCUAGUGGACUACAUGCGGAUGCUCAAAUUAGCUGGGCGAAUAUUAUUAGUGUUUUGACGCAUGCAUGCCGUUGGUCAUCAGUUAAUCAGUUAAUUAGCUAAUUUGGGUGAAUCCAUCCAUCCAUCCAAAAAUUAGCCGGGCGGCCGCUCAAAAUUAGGACGGUGAGCGAGCUAUAAAAUUCUAUGGAAAAAGAGAGAGAGAGAUUGUGAUAGUAGAUGAUCAAGUGAGGAGCUAUAGAGAUCGAGAUGAGCCUUUCGUCGUACCUGACGUGCAACCUGGUGACCAGGCAACGGCAACGAGGUGGCGUGGAAGAAGACGAGUACGAUGGGCGGCGUCAGCCGCAGACGGCCACCUGCUGCACCGCCCUGAAACGAGGUGUCACCGCUGACGGACUCCUCGCGCAGCCGCGCUACGCCCCGGUCAGGACGCCCCAAUCCGCAUUGCUGCUGCUCGAUCCACCACCACCGGCGCCCAUGACGCCCACGUCGUCGUCCAGCAACAGCAACCACGACGACGACGACGAAAAGAAGAAGAAGCAGCCGAUGCUGCAGCAGCAGAAGCAGGUGCGCAAGUGCAAAUCGACGGUGGAGGAGGCGUCGGCGUCGCAGCUGAUGGAAUGUAAAGGCGGCGGCCCUCCUCCUCGUCUCCGUCGCAGCGGCGGCGUCCGCCGUGACUGGAGCUUCGAGGACCUCCGCGCCAACAACACCGCCGCCUAAUAAUAAUAAUAAUUCAAUCCCCCCACCCUCCUGCUGCCCUGCCUGUAACUAACAACCCACUUCUUGCUAAAUACAUAUAUAUACUCCUCCUUAGGCCCUAUAUAAACACGAUCACUGCUAACUCGAUUAUCAUGUAAAUAAUUUAUUUAUUAUUGUAAUCUGCCAAUGCCCCCUUAAUUAAUUAAUUAUAUGUUUGUAACUC